AGUUUAUAUUGUGCUGGAAUAUAUGGACGCUGGGAGCAUUGCCGAUGUGCUCAGGCGUCAUCCUAAUAAUUUCAACGAAGUGAUGUUAGCAUACGUGGCGAGGGAGUUGCUUCAGGGAUUGGAACACCUUCACGCUUCAAAAGUAAUUCAUCGUGACAUAAAACCUGUAAAUGCUCUUGCAAAUUCGAAAGGCGAAGUUAAAAUAGCGGAUUUUGGUGUCGCAAAAAGGUUUUCUGGUGGAGAUGUAGAAACACUGUCCGCUCAAGGAUCGCUCAUAUAUAUGAGUCCCGAGCGAAUUCAAGGUCAACCGUACUCCUUCAACAGUGAUAUAUGGAGCGUAGGGUUGACAAUAGCAGAAUGCGCGUUGGGGGCAUAUCCUUUUGCGUCGAUGAAGCAUAGCCUAUAUGAUCUUAUGCAAGCUAUUGCUACGAGAACCGCAAGGGUUGAUUGGACAGCUGAUGGCCGUGAGCACAGCUCUGAGCUUAUUGAUUUUGUCGAUCAAUGCCUCCGUCCUGUUAGCUCACGACCGACAGCUACUGAGUUGCUCCAUCAUCCGUUCAUUCAAAAGGCAGCGAAUGUGGAUCCUGCCGAGGCAGGAAGGUGGUUCGUUACUCAAUCCUAA